AUGCCUCCGAAGAAGUCCACCGCCCUCGACCGCGUCGCUCGAGGCGCCGAGCGCCUGCGACGCGGCGACGUGAGCUCGGGCGCGAGAGCGGCGGCCGAGACGCACGACGCGCGUGACGGACGCGUGGACGCCCGUCGAGGCAUGGCCACGACGGUGUUCACCGUGGAGUCGUUGGGGUUGAAGACGACGAAGAGCGCGCGGGAGAAACGGCGCGGGAUGGGGAGCUCGGGAUCGCACAGAAAGGGCGUCGCGACGGUGCUCGCGGCGGAGGCGAGCUACGACGUCGAACGAAGAGUGCGAGACGGUCGACGACCGCUGCGCAGUGCACCGUUGGGAUACGUCGAAAGGACGCCGGAUGGAUUUAAAGACGAUGCGACGUCGCUGUCGUUGAUGCCGGCGCGACCGAGGUGGGAUUACGAGCUGAAGCGCGGACGGUUGCACGCGCGAGAGCGCAAGGCGUUCGUGAAGUGGUUGCGAACGGCGAAGGAGGCGAUGAUCGAGGUCGGGGGCUACGCGCCGGCGUUUGAGCAGAAUAUAGACGUGUGGAGACAGUUGUGGCGAGUUUUGGAGCGCUCGGACGUGGCGUGCGUGGUCGUAGACGCGAGAAAUCCAAUGCUUCAUUUGCCGCCGGCGCUGUACGCGCACGUGACGAGACGAUUGCGAAAACCGCUCGUGGUCGUCCUGAACAAGGCUGACGCGGUGCCGAUGCGCGCAAUCGAUGAGUGGGCGGCGCAUCUUCUCGCGUCUCUUCCGGGGAUCGACGCCGUGGUUGGAUACUCGUCUCGCGAUGAGGCGCCGCCCACGGAGCGAUUUUGGGAUAAGAAGAGCCAUGGAGACGAAGAGCGCGAGGAAGCGGCGGAAAGAAUGCAUCGCGAGAGCGCGAUUCCGAUGGGGCGAGAGGCUUUACUUCGCGUGUGCAAAGAGUUAGCUCGGACGGGAAAGCGAUAUCAAGCCGAUGCGGAGGUCGAAGUGGAUGACGGCGCCGACGAAGAAGAGGACGGCGAAGAGGAGGAAGACGGAGUGAGUGCGCAGGAAGCCGAAGACGCGCGGCUGGCGCUAGAAAGAGAAAACGAAGAAUUCGAAAAGCUCAAGUCCGAGGGAAGGGUCAUGAUUGGCCUGGUAGGGCAUCCGAACGUCGGUAAAUCUUCGAUGGUCAACUCGCUGAUGAAGCGCAAGGCCGUGAGCGUCAAGGCGACGCCUGGCCACACAAAGACACUGCAAACACUCAUUAUGGAUGAGGAAACGUGCCUAUGUGACUCGCCGGGGCUCGUUUUCCCACGCGUUGACGUCACUCCGGCAGAACAAAUCAUAGGCAGUCUCGUUCCGCUUCCGACGGUUCGCGAGCCCUACAGCGCCAUUCGCUGGCUCGCCGAAGCGAAGCUGGUCGGCGCCGAGCGAUGGCAAGCCAUCGGGCGCAAAUUCAGUGGAUCAGACGACGGCAAGCUCGCGCAGUCCCUCGCCGCGCCGAUCACAAGCGCUCUCAAGAUUAAACAGUCAAAAACGUACGAUCCCGAAGUGCUCGAGCUCUUGAACAACGAGGAUUUGACCGGUGAGUCUCUUCCGUGGUCACCGCUGUCGCUUUGCCAAGCGUAUGGAAAUAUGAGAGGUUUCAUGCUGACGCGAGGCGUGGACUUGCAGCGCUCCGGACAAGUCAUACUAGGAAUGGUGUACGAGGGCAAGAUUCCGUAUGCCAUUCCGCCGCCCGCGGGCGCGCCGGUGGUGAAGACGAAAGCGGACAUUCAAGAGAUUGAAGUGGAUGAAGACGAAUUCGAGGACGACGAAUCGGACGACGACAUUAAAAUCGCACGCACCGGUUUCGCCGCACUCGCGAUGAACUCCGACGAAGAAACCAUGCGCGAGCAGUACGCGUACAGCUCCGACGAGGACGAGCGCGGCACCUUCUUACCCAUUUCGUCGGCGCUGGCGAAAGAGAUGCGUUAUCAAUAG